AUGUUGUCUAAAUAUUCGAAGCAGGUGUCUUCGGGGGCGCAGGAGAUCGGCGAGUUAUCAAGGAAGGAGCUUGAUGAUGCCAAUCUUGCGCGCAUGGGCAAACGCCCCGUCUUGAAGCGAAACUUUGGUUUAAUGUCAAUGCUUGGUUUCAGUUGUACAAUUCUGAUCACCUGGGAGGGAAUUGUUGUACUAUUCUUGCAAGCAUACGCAAAUGGAGGUCCAGCCGGAGCUGUAUAUGGAUUCCUCUUCGUUUGGGCUGGUGUCGCGGCUACCUUUGUGGUUCUAUCGGAGUUGGCAUCAAUGGCCCCGACAUCUGGAGGGCAGUAUCAUUGGACAUCUAUGCUUGCCCCGCGAUCGUGCAUGAAACUCAUGAGCUACCUGACAGGUUGGCUUACGGUCAUUGGAUGGCAAGCUACAUUUGCAACCUCAUGCUAUCUGGUCGGCACCUUGAUUCAAGGCAUGAUCAUCCUCACAAACAGUACAUAUGAGCCCAAGAACUGGCAUCCGACUCUUCUAUUCUGGGCCGUCGUAGCAUUCUCCGUCGCCAUCAACAGCGUCGGAGGAAAAGUCCUUCCUCGAUUCGAGGGCAUGAUCUUGAUUAUCCACAUCCUCGGCUUCUUCGCCAUCCUCAUUCCCCUAACCUACAUGGCCGACCAUGGAACCGCUGAGGAGGUCUUUACCCAGUUCCUAAACACAGGCAACUUCCCAUCCCAAGGCCUAUCAUUCUUCGUCGGAACAGUCGGUUGCAUCUUUGCAUUUGCCGGCGGUGAUGCCGCAGUUCAUAUGUCCGAAGAAAUCACAAACGCCGCCACCGCAGUCCCAAUCUCAAUCAUGCUCAGCGUCUUAAUCAACGGAUCCCUAGGUUUCGGCAUGUUACUCGCCAUGCUAUUCUGCAGCGGCGAUCUAGGCUCAGCCCUCGAGUCAAAAACAGGAUGGCCCUUCAUGGCGAUUUUCCUUGAAGCAACAGGCUCCGUAGCCGGAACCGCCGCAAUGGCUUCCAUCGUCACAACCAUGGGUGCCACCACAUCUGUCGGCAUGCUAGCCUCGACAUCGCGCCAGUUCUGGUCUUUCGCGAGAGAUCGCGGUAUUCCCGGCUGGCGAUUGUGGAGCAAGGUCACUGAAACCUCCGCCAUCCCCAUCUACUCCGUUAUGAUAACAUCGGUGAUUGCCUGUCUGCUCGCGCUCAUCAGCAUCGGCUCCCCCGUCGCUUUCAACGAUCUCUGCUCGAUGUCGAUCUCCGGAUUGUACCUGUCAUACAUGGUAGUUGGUGGUUUGCUCCUGUGGCGCCGGUGCACGGGCGGGAUCAGCUCUGCUCGUAGCAGCAAUUCGGAUGUUAUCAACACCGCCGGCGCGAAGCUCGUCUGGGGUCCAUUUCAUCUACCCGGUAUCUGGGGUAUUCUUAUCAACACCUGGGCUUUGGUUUAUAUGACCAUCGCUGUGUUCUUUACCUUCUGGCCGACGGCUUGGGUUGUGUCUGUUCAGACUAUGAACUAUAGUGUUGUUGGGACUUUCGGGACUAUCAUCCUCAGUCUUUUCUACUACUAUGCUCGUGCGAGGAACGUCUAUACCGGUCCGGUUAUGGAACAUAUUCUAUAA